UGCCAGCUAUAGCAAGAAAUCAAUAAACUGUUUGGGGCGUGCAUACGUGAAUGUGUGAAUAAUUCAAGAAUUACGUAUAUUAUCGAAACGUAGUAUGCUUUGGAAACAUGCCCAGUAAAUUUAAAUUCAAAAGUGCAAUCCUAAAUUCGCGUCAACAAUAAAAGCAACAGCAUGUCAACAUGGCAGACUCCAACAACAAAAGUGUUAGCAACAAUGGCAAUCAACAACGCAAUGGCAACAACAACAACAACCACCACCACAAUCAUGCCCAGGCAUCGACUAGCGCCCAGGCCAAUGCUCCGCCAGCGUCUGCACAGCGAUCAGCUCUGCAGCAGCUGCAAAUGUGGGGCAAGCGUUGCCUGCGGCAGCUGAGGGGCGAGGCCUUAAGGCAUACGGCCACAACGGGUCCCGUGCACUUUGCGCCCGAUGCCAGCACCAACACGGGCCCAGCUGGAGAUGCCACGCCCAGCAGCCCGUCCGAGAGCGACGAGCAGCGCAGUGCGGAGCAGGUCGAUGGAGAGAUUCGGCCAGUGCGGCUAACAGAAUCGAAGCAGCGCAGCAAAGAGAAUUGCCUAACUGCCUCGAGCCGCCGGCUAUUGGAGAAACUGGGAAGGAAAAAAAAGUGCAAAGACGAGGAGGAGUUCCCAUCCUCCGUGGGCUUUGACACAGACGAUGGCGAGAAGCGUAUUAUUGCCAUCAAUUCGCCGCAGCCCACAAAAUAUUGCAAUAAUCGCAUAACAACGGCGAAAUAUAAUUGCCUCUGCUUUUUACCAUCGUUCCUCUUCGAGCAGUUCCGACGCUAUUCCAAUUGCUUUUUUCUACUUAUUGCAUUACUACAACAAAUUCCGGAUGUAUCUCCAACGGGUCGCUAUACCACAUUGGUGCCACUCAUAUUUAUACUCUCAGUUAGCGCAAUUAAGGAGAUCAUUGAAGAUGUGAAACGCCAUCGUGCGGAUAAUGAAAUCAAUCAUCGCUUAAUUGAGCGCUUGGUAAAUGGCCAGUGGACCACUGUGCGCUGGUCCGCGCUAACAGUGGGCGAUAUUAUCAAGGUAGUCAAUGAUUCAUUUUUUCCCGCUGACCUCAUACUCUUGUCGUCCAGUGAACCGCAGGCGAUGUGUUUCAUUGAGACGGCAAACUUGGAUGGCGAGACGAAUCUGAAGAUACGCCAAGGUGUGCCGGCCACAGCCAAACUACUGGAAACAAAAGACUUGCAGCAACUGGAGGGACGCAUCGAGUGCGAAUUGCCAAAUCGCUUGCUAUACGAAUUCAAUGGUGUGCUAAAGGAAUAUGGCAAACCUGCCGUUUCGCUGGGCAAUGAUCAGAUCCUGCAGCGAGGCGCCAUGCUGCGCAACACGGCGUGGAUCUUUGGCAUUGUGGUGUACUCGGGACACGAGACGAAGCUGAUGAAGAACUCCACCUCGGCGCCGCUGAAGCGCUCCAGAGUAGACAAGCUCACCAAUACGCAAAUACUUAUGCUCUUCAUGAUAUUAAUUGCGCUCUGCAUCACCAGCGGACUCUGCAAUCUGUUCUGGACUCGCGAGCAUGCCAAGACGGCCUGGUACUUGGGCAUCGGCGACUUUGUGAGCAUGAGCCUGGGCUUCAAUCUGCUCACGUUCUUCAUUCUGUACAACAAUCUGAUACCCAUUUCGCUGCAAGUCACGCUGGAGCUGGUGCGCUUCCUGCAGGCCAUGUUCAUCAACUACGACAUCGAGAUGUACCACGCGGAGUCCAACAUGCCCGCCAGCGCGCGCACCUCCAAUCUGAACGAGGAGCUGGGCCUGGUCAAGUACAUAUUCUCGGACAAGACGGGCACGCUGACGCGCAACAUCAUGAUAUUCAAGAAGUGCUCCAUAGCCAAGCAGAUCUAUCAGCCGGAGCGCACGCCCGAGGAGUCGGCGCUGGUGCAGAACAUUCUGCGGCGGCAUGAAACCGCCAGCGACAUUGAGGAGUUCCUCGUGCUGCUGGCCGUCUGCCAUACAGUCAUACCGGAGCGCAAGGAGGACGGCAGCAUUAUCUAUCAUGCAGCCAGUCCCGACGAGCGGGCGCUGGUUGAUGGCGCCCGUCAGUUUGGCUACAUAUUCGACACACGCACGCCGGAGUACGUGGAGAUCAAUGCGCUGGGCGAGCGCAAGCGCUACGAUAUACUCAAUGUGCUGGAGUUCACCUCGACGCGCAAGCGCAUGUCGGUGAUAGUGCGCACCCCGGAGGGCGGCAUUAAGAUCUUUUGCAAGGGCGCCGAUUCGGUGAUCUAUGAGCGUCUGGCGACGCGUAAUCAGGACUACAGGGAGGCCACGCUGCAGCAUUUGGAGGAGUUUGCCUCGGAGGGUUUGCGCACUCUGUGCUUGGCCGUGGCGGACAUUGAGCAGGACGUGUACGAGGAGUGGAGUCAGACGUAUCACAAGGCGUCGACGUCGCUGCAGUAUCGCGAGCGCAAGGUGGAGGAUGCAGCGAAUCUCAUUGAGAUCAAUCUGCGCCUGCUGGGCGCUACGGCAAUCGAGGAUCGCCUGCAGGACGGCGUGCCGGAGACAAUUGCUGCACUGCUCGAGGCGGGCAUUUACAUUUGGGUGCUGACGGGCGACAAGCAGGAGACGGCCAUUAACAUUGGCUACUCCUGCAAGCUGAUCACACACUCCAUGGACAUCAUCAUUCUCAACGAGGAGAGUCUGGACGCCACGCGCGAUGUCAUCCAUCGACACUAUGGCGAGUUCAAGAGCACCACCGCCAAUGAUGCCAAUGUGGCGCUAGUCAUUGAUGGCAAGACAUUGAAGUACGCGCUGAGCUGUGACUUGCGCGGCGACUUCCAGGAGCUCUGCAUCAUUUGCCGCGUCGUCAUCUGCUGUCGUGUGUCGCCCAUACAAAAGGCCGAGGUGGUCGAGAUGGUGACACAAAACACCAAAGCGGUCACGCUGGCCAUUGGCGAUGGCGCCAACGAUGUGGCCAUGAUACAAAAGGCAAAUGUGGGCAUUGGCAUUUCGGGCGUGGAGGGACUGCAGGCGGCCUGCGCCUCCGACUAUUCCAUUGCCCAGUUUCGUUACCUGCAGCGCCUGCUGCUCGUGCAUGGCGCUUGGAACUACACGCGGAUAAGCAAACUAAUACUUUAUAGCUUCUAUAAGAAUGUCUGCCUGUAUGUGAUUGAGCUGUGGUUCGCGCUCUACUCCGGCUGGUCGGGCCAGAUACUGUUCGAGCGCUGGACCAUUGGUCUGUACAAUGUUCUGUUUACCGCGAUGCCACCGUUUGCCAUCGGGCUCUUCGAGAAGUUCUGCACGGCGGAGACGAUGCUCAAGUAUCCGCAGCUGUAUAAACCAUCGCAGAGUGCCAAGCUGUUCAAUGUCAAAGUGUUUUGGAUAUGGAUCUUCAAUGCGCUGCUGCACUCGGUGUUUCUCUUCUGGCUGCCCAUGGCCGCGUAUCAAAGCGAGGCCAUCUGGUCGGAUGGCAAGACGAGUGACUAUCUGCUGCUGGGUAACAUGGUCUAUACGUACGUCAUUGUCACAGUUUGCCUGAAGGCGGGACUCAUAACCAACUCGUGGACCUGGCUAACGCAUGUGGCCAUUUGGGGCUCCAUAGUGCUGUGGUUCACAUUCGUCCUGAUCUACAGCCACUUUUGGCCGUCUCUCAAGUUUGCCAGCAACUUCGCCGGCAUGGACAUACAGCUGCUGUCAACGCCCAUCUUCUGGCUGGGCCUAUUCCUUGUGCCCAUCACCAGUCUGCUCAUUGACGUCAUCUGCAAACUCGUACACAAUACUGUGUUUAAGACUCUCACCGAAGCCGUGCGUGAGCAGGAAAUAACGCGCAAUGAUCCUUCACAGGUGUUGAAUGAGUCGCGCUCAUCCCAAUCCAAGCUACGCAGACAUUUGGCCAAGCUUAUGGAUUCCAGCAGAGUCAAGCUGAACAAAGCAAACCGAGCCAAAGCGAAUUCCGGCGGUAAGCGCAGCCAGAGCAAAUAUUCGGUCAACUCAAAGCGACGUUUACGGGUGGAGAGCCUGGAUCUGGAUGAGGACAGCUACGAGCAACAGCGCUACAGACGCCACAUGACGCUCGGUGUCCAACAAAAUACCAGCAUGGGUAAUGAGACCCUGCACAUUUAAAUGAAAUGAAAAAAUAAUGUAUUAUAAUUUAUGUGUGCAUAUAGUUUAAGCAAUAAUUGUUGUUGUUGUGAAAGAAUGUUAAUUAAAUGUAAUUCGUUAAUUAAUGUGUGCUCAGGGCUGGCAAGGCCAUAUAUACAUAUACAUAUACAUUUCAAGAGAAACUAAUCAAAACCACUUGUAACUUUCAUUAAUUACAUAUUGAUAGUGCUAACAUCUAUCCAACUGUGAUAUAUAUAGCAUAUGAAUUGUGUGCAAUUAGAUUUCCAACUUGUGUACAUAUACAUACAUACCUUUUAUUUUUGUGAUAGCUAUGAUAGAUAUGUGAAAAUCUACAAAUGAAACACAACACAAAUCAAAAAUACAAACUUUAUCCUAAGCUAAGCCUUAUAAUCUUAAAUAUUAAUGCAAUACCGAGUUGUUGAUAAUGAAAUAUGCCCACAUUAACCAAAUAUUUGGUCACCGGAAUCGGAAAAAGCUAUGUAUUUGUAAUGGUUUAUAUAUUUUGCCAUGUGCCUAGAAUAUUUAAAUUAAUCUUAAGCAUUUCAUGUUUGUAAUACCCCAGUGAGAAGUACUUUCAAAAUUGAAACAGGCAAUUGCAACGAAAUUUCAUAACGUGUAUGUGAAUAAACUUUAUUAAAUUCAAUAAAAAUGUCUACUGGGAACCCCCGACUAGCGUUCCUAACUGCUUGUGUAUGUAUUAGUUUUCAUGAUGUAUAACAAUAAUUUAACACAGCUCGCAUGUACCACAAUUUAAUUAUAUCUUUUGGUUAACACUAACUGCAAUUUCCAGCACAUUGCAAUGCCGUGCGCCUUGCACUUUUGUUUAUUAUUUUAUUUGUUUUUGUUUGUUUAAUCUUA